CGAUGCCGAAAGACAGAUCAGAACUGACGAAAUCCAAAAAUCGGAGUCGCCAUGAUCCGCUGGCUGCCGACGAGGAUAGAACGGCCCGCAUUCUGACCAAGAAAAAGCUCUCCUCUAAGUCUGAUAAAAGUCACUCUGCAUCCUCUCAAAAGUUCAGACAAAAAUUGCUUCAACAGGUUCGAAAGCAGCAGAAGGAUUUGCAAGGAGAGCACUUUCUAGACCAGAACGACUCGAAAGCGACGUCCACAUGGUCAUGCGACUCUUCUGAUUCAGAUUGGGAAGACACCUACGAGGAGUGGAACAACAUAAAUGAUGACUUAGACUCUAGAGCGCACUCAAAUUCUGAUGAGGAACUCUUGCUUAAUCAUCAAUUAGUAGAUGGUGCCUCCUCGCCCCAUUCCACGUAUGACCGCUUAGACCAGGCUAUUUUGGAAAAGCUUGAACAAGAAUCUAUGUCCUGCACGAACGCGAUGGACACUUCGGAUACGGAUUUCCAUCAUGACCACUGUAACGUCUCACAGUGUCCCCCCACAUUUCAUUAUAAUGCCAAAGUUAUAGAGUCCUACCAACUCAUUGCUAAGUUGUUGAAAAACUAUACUUCAGGACCCCUCCCAAAAGCUUUCAAGAUCAUCCCCUCUCUAAUCAACUGGCAGCAGAUUCUGGAACUAACUAACCCAGCAGAGUGGUCUCCACAAGCCACUUACGCUGCGACGCGACUGUUCGCAUCCAAUCUAAAUGAACACUUGGCACAAACGUUCUAUUCCCUCGUCCUCUAUCCGCAUUUCCGCGAAAAUAUCAGAAAUAACAAAAAACUGAAUUGCCACCUAUACGCCUCGCUUAAAAAAACUCUAUACAAACCCGGCGCUUUCUAUAAAGGUAUCCUGUUCCCGCUAUGCGAAAGCAACAACUGCACUCUGCGAGAAAUGGCCAUCUUGGGCAGCAUCAUAAAGAAAAACACUAUUCCAUCCUCUCACUCUAGUGUCGCUAUCUACAAAUUAGCGCAGCUGCCUUCUUCCAGCGCCGUUUCUUUCUUCAUAGGCACACUCCUCAAAAAAAAAUACGCCCUUCCGUACGAAGUCAUUGAUAUGGUCGUUGAACACUUCCUGAGCAGGAAGAAGGAUCAGCUACCCUGUACUGUUAUGUGGCACCAGUGCUUGCUAAUUCUCGUUCAGCACUACAAAGAAGACCUAACCGCGAAACAAAAAGAACAGAUAAAAGCAUUGGUCAACGCUAGGUCUCACCACGCCAUCACCCCAGAAAUCCGCUCUGAAUUAGCGAGCAGCGCAAAAACUCGAGAUCAAGCGCAGUAA